GCAUAUGGCAGCUCCUGGACUGUUUUGGGAUUCCUGUGCUGAUGGCUUUAUCAUGGUUCAUCCUCCGUGCAAGAUAUAAAUUAAUCCAUUUCAUUGCUGUUGCUGUUUGCCUGUUGGGCGUAGGGACCAUGGUCGGUGCGGAUAUAUUAGCUGGAAGGCAAGAUGGCGAAGGAAGUGACGUAGUGAUUGGAGAUGUCUUAGUCCUCCUUGGCGCUUCAUUAUAUGCCAUUUCGAAUGUGAGUGAGGAAUACAUUGUGAAAAAUCUGAGCAGAAUGGAGUUUCUAGGAAUGGUGGGCUUGUUUGGGACUGUUCUCAGCGGUCUGCAGCUAGCUAUUGUGGAACACAGAGACAUAGCUAAUAUUCAGUGGAACUGGAAAAUUGCCCUGCUCUUUGUGGCUUUUGCCUUGUGCAUGUUUGGCCUGUACAGCUUCAUGCCGAUUGUGAUUAGAGUGACCAGUGCCACCUCCGUCAAUUUGGGCAUCCUGACAGCUGAUCUCUACAGUCUUUUCUUUGGACUUUUCCUAUUUGGCUACAAGUUUUCCGUGCUGUAUCUCUUAGCCUUUGUGGUCAUCAUGAUUGGCUUCAUCAUGUAUUGCUCCACCCCAACCCGUACUGCAGAAGUUCCCUCAACCACCUUGCCAAUGGCAGAUAGUACUGGAUUUGACAACCUUGCUUUAAAAAUUGAGGAGAACCACCUGGAAUCCACUGACACUCUGACAUCGCAGAGCAACAAAGACGACAGCCAGGCAGAAGACACAACUACAAAAUUAACAGCCUUGUGAAAUAUGAAAUUUCAGCUGCUGGAGUUGCUCUGGAGAAAUCAGAAAGCACCAGAUGGCACUAUGUUAUGGUGGACAAGCUGGAGAAAUAUCAAUGAUGGAAUCUGUGUUCAUGACAAAGUCUAGAAACAUAUCACCAAAACAAGGAGGGCUGAGAUCCUUACUUGGAACAUCAGUAUUAAUUCUUGUUCACUGAAGAUUAUUCUUAGAGCUGACAGGUGAAUAGAAAAGUAGAGACUACUAGGCUGUCUUUCUAUCAAAGAAAGCCAGAUUAUACUCAGAAUAAACAUGUGUCUUAUUUUGAGUAGUUUCUUAUGUUCUAAAAACUUAUACACGGUCAAUGAGGUUAGCAAAAAGAAAAUGGAAAGACGGAAAACAAGAAAGAAAAACACAAAACCUAAAAUCAGAUGGCAGCUAAGAUCAGAGAGGCUGGGAAGAGAGAUCAAAGUUAGUGAAGCAUCCUUACUUCCCAGGCUGCUAAACCAUGAGGAUGGGAAAUCUUGCAUUUUGGAUGUGUGAAUCCUGUAAUAGACACUGAUCUUUAUCCAGUUAACAUGCAGAGACAAUGUAUAUUGUUCACUUCAAUUUAAUCGCAACGCAAUUCUUGAAGACUGUUAUAUUUAGGUUCAGUUGCAUUGACAGUUGCUGAUGCUAAUAAAUGAAGAAAAAGCAUGACUAAUUUUAUGAUGCGAAAAGAUGCAUCGAGCCCUUAUUCCUGUUGUGCGUAUACAUGUGCGUAUGCACACACAUAUUUGAAUUGUACCUGUUCUGUUGGCAUAGUGUGCAGAAACCAAACAAGAUACUUUAUUUUUAUUUUUUUUGCAGGAGAUAAACUAUUUCCUAGAUCAAUUUCUUUGACAAUCUAAAGAGACUGUUAACAAGUGGUUUUCCAAAUGGUAUGAAUGUCAACGUUCCUGAAAAUCUUAACUCCAGUAAGGAAGUGUGGAAGCAUCCGGUGUUAAUAUGGCUUCCAAAGCUGACAAUGAAUGCAUAUGUAUAUAUAAACAGAAGGGAGAUAUUCGUCACCUUGCUGAAAUCUAGUUGCUGAACUAUACCUCCCAGCAUCUCCUACUUUGACCACACUGGUGGAAGUUGCUGACAGUUGUAGCUCAGCAACCUUUGGAGGGUCCUAAGUUCUCCCACUCCUGAUAUAAGCAGAAUAAAAUGGGAACACUGGUCACCAUUCCAAAUUCAUUUCACCAGCAAUUCCAAUAAGAUAAUUUGAGUGCUCUCGGUGAAGUAGAAGUAGUAUGUUCUACUUCCCUUGAAAAGAGUGAUAAGAAACAUACCUGCUUUUUUUUAAUGGCAUUUAAAAAAUAAUGUGGUGACUCUUAAAAGAAUUAUUGUCCCACCUCUGGGAAAAGAAAACAAGGAGUCAGGUCCUAUUUCAAAGUGGCUUGGAGGAAAACCACAAGGACUAAGUUCUCUCAUUGUCCUCUGUGCAUUGGAACACAAGCUAUUUGAAAAAUUCUAGACAACUGUUCAGAGCAGGUCUUGGUACUUCUUAAAGGUAAAGGUUUCCCUCCUCCAGUCAUGUCUGACUCUAGACAUGCUCAUCUCCGUUUCUUAUUCAAGGAACCCAACAUCUGAAUACCAUUUCCAUGGUCGUGUGACCAGUAUCACUAUAUGCCAAGGAAUACAAAGAACUUUUUCCUCCCCACCGAACUGGUACCCAUUUAUGUACUCACAUUUGCAUGCUUUUGAAUUGUUAGGUGGGCAGAAGCUGGAGCAAGAACAGGACCUCACCCCAUCCCACAGCACCUGGGUCUUGAACACGGACUGUCAGCUUUCUAGCUGAUAAACUCAGUGUCUUUAACCUCUGAGCCAUUAUGUCCCUUUGAUACUUAUUUACCUUAUUUAUUUAACAUCUACCCUAUAUAUCCUUGUGGGAAAAGUAGGUAGCUGGAGCUUUCUACUACCACAUCAUAUCUCUAAUGGAAGACAGAAUUCUUGACUUCUAGGAUCAUAUGGGAACAGUAUAGCACUAGCACUUAAAUUUAUACACCGCUUCACAGUGCUUUACAGCAAUCUAAGCGGUUUACAGUGU